AUGGCAUGUGUGUGUGUUCUUGCAGCAGCGCUGUUGCUACCAUCAACACGGAAAACGCAUCGCGCGGUGCAGGCAUUCUUUGCAGCAGGAAGACGAAGUGCUCGAAAUUUAGUCGCGCCGAUCGCUUCGCUGGAGCGUGCUGGAUCGACCGGGAAGGAGAUAGCGGCCUGUCUUGAAGACCGAACUGGUGUGAACUCAGUGAAAAAUUCAAUAGAUGAAGCAAGCAGCUCAUGGUGUGAGGAGAGGAAAGCGGUAGAAGCAGACAAACUACCAAAUGGGCUUUGCUUUCGGCUUUCCAUCCGUGUAGGCAGUCGUUUCUAG